GUUCACGGGACACAUGUUCAGGGAGGGCCCUGUUCACUCCUCCGCCGCCCAGGGGACGCAGAGGGAGAGGGGAGAGACGAGAGAGGAGAGAGGAGAGCGGCUCCGCUGGCUGUGCGAAGCGCGCAGGAAUCCGGAUAUGAUGAAAAUGUUUUAGACGCAACGAUCCUCCGCGAAAGCACCGCCGCCGACCGUCGACGCCCGCCGCGAGGGAGAGGAGAGAAACGGCCGCGGGUGAAAUUCUCUACGACGUCAACGAAACAUUCGCUGGACUAAAAACGGAGACAAAGUGCCAGACCGAAAGUUUUUUUGGGGGGGGCGCUAAGUUUUCUCUGUCACUUAAGUUCCCCCCACCUCCUUCAACCGUCGUUUCUUCCCGACGUCCCGGGCACAAGUUGGAGGAAGGAAGGGAGGCAGGCAGGAAGGAAGGAUGGGAAUAAGUCACGUUUGAAGCGACGGGGAGUUGUCAUGUUUGAAAAGCCCGUGCUGACGAUGAGACGUUGAGGGGGAAACGGGAGAAACAACGUCUUCUUCUUCUUCUGCUGCUGCUGCUGCUGCUGCUGCGUGUGUCCCGCGACAGACGCCUGUCCCAUGUCCAAGGAGACCGUCCUUCCUCCGGACGGGCCAGGGAAGGGCCCCCAGCGAGAGACGAGUCGCCUGCUGCCGCUGCCCUCACACGAUGCUCGUGACAGCGAACCAUCAGGAAGAACACCAUCUCCCAGGAAACCAGCCACUGAGGGACGAAGUCACGUGACGGACGAGAAGCCUAAUUAUCGCGAGCCUGUAAGAACUCAACCUCACUCCGAGUCUCAACCGGCGCCCUCGCCGCCUGUCGACGGAGACACUGCCAAGGACCAAAAUGGCUUUCCCCACAACAAUACUGGCAUGCCCGCACUGACUAAUGGCAGCGGAAUCCACCCUGGCAUCUGUGGGGCCGGAGCCACGCGCACAUGCUCCUGCGGUGCCACCAUCAGCGCGGGCGGGCCGGGCACAGGGACGGCGGCGUCCGUGCCGACCACGGAGCAGCCCAGGAAGCAGCCAUCCAUGCCGGUGUCGCAGAGGAUGCAGAGGAAAUUGAGGUCCAGCCUGUCGGUCAACAGUGACAGCAGCAGACGCAGCAAAUGCAGUUCCACCGGGUCACAGAGAGCUCCCUUACCAGAGGACUGCUGCGUCCACUGCAUCUUGGCCUGCCUGUUCUGCGAGUUCCUGACGCUCUGCAACAUGGUAGCGACGCAGGCCUCGUGCGGUGCCUGCACGUCGGAGGCCUGCUGCUGCUGCUGCUGCGCCGACGACCUGGGCGACGACUGCAACUGCCCGUGUGACAUGGACUGCGGCAUCAUGGAUGCCUGCUGCGAGUCCUCGGACUGCCUGGAAAUCUGCAUGGAGUGCUGCGGCAUCUGCUUCCCCACAUAGGGAGGCCGGUGCUGCCGAGCACCGGGGCGUCCCUGCAGGGGGAGAACUGGACCCGGGAAGGAAAUAUAAGAAGGACGCUGCUGCUGCUGCUGUCACUUUGAAUUCGGCAACAGACAGAGGGAAUAAGAGUGUGUGUGUGUGUGUGUGUGUGUGUGUGUGUGUGUGUGUGUGUGUGUGUGUGUGUGUGUGUGUGUGUGUGUGUGUGUGUGUGUGUGUGUGUGCGUGUGCGCGUGCGCGUGUGCGUGGUGUUUUGUGAAUUGUGAUGACCGUUGAGUGUGUGGAGUAGUACCGGGGUGGUUGAGUAAAGAUGUAUUGACACUGGGCUUCUCCAUCACAACCAGCUCAGCAGCAGCUUGAAGUAACUCCAGAUAUAUGAACCUUUCAUUUAAAUCUCUAGUUUAUAGUUCAUUUUUUUUUCUUUUAAGUUUUCUAUUCUUAGCGGCAAAAAAAAAAAAAAAAGUAUUAUCACAGAUUUUAUUGUUACAUCAGGAAUGCUGUCUAAUUGUAUCUCAUCUUGUAUUUCUGUUUUCUUCUCUUAGUUUUCAUUUUCAACACUUCAGUUUUUGAUGCUCAGAAACAGAGGUUCCAGUCUUAGUUCUGUACAACACUGUAAAAAUGUUUCUGUGACAGUUCAUACAUUCUUCGAUGCAUAAUGUAUUUUUGCAUCAGACUUUCAGUUACACACCGUCUACUGGCGCACUGUAGAACAAUUGAAACUGGUGAAAUAGCAAAGGUGAACAAGCACAUUCAUAUCAUCUGCUACCUUCUGACUCAGAGGGGAAACACGAUGAAGAGACCAAAUAUUUUCUAUUUAAAGCAUUUAAAAAAAAAACUGAAAUUAUAUUUUAUUACAGAAAUAAACUGCACAAAAUUGCUGAUGAACAUAUCUUAUAAAGAACUGGAAUGCCUAUGGAAAACCGCCUGAUUUGGCAAUAUUCGAAUCCUUGGGUUAACUGGAAGUACAGUGCACAUCCUCACAUUUUUCAAUACAAAAGCCUCGGACCAGCUCACUGUACCGUUUUCUACAAUGUCAAGAUGAACAAUGUCUGCGGCUUAUGUCUUCAUUUCUUUGAAAGUCCUCCUCUGCUAUUGGCCGUCAGCGAUAAGGCUUUGUCACUUGCAUAUGGCCAAGUCUUCUCUGUGAUGCUACACUACGUACAGUACAUACUGUGUGACUUGUUGAACCGCGCUCUCUGUUCAUGAGGGGCGCGAUAAGGAAUUAAAAACCGGUGACCCUGGUUUCUGUAUAAGCGGCUUUCGGAUACAAGCACAGUGACUCACAAUACAAUAAAAAAGGGAAUCACAAACUGUCAAGUUGAAAUGGUAAACUAAUGCAGGGUAAAGGCAGUUUUCUUCUCCUUUCUUUUUUACUCUGUUCCUUAAAUUCUGCGUAUUUCGAGAUGAGGUUGUGGUGAAUCACCAGCGCAGUCAUUUUCUUGUCUUGGAGAUGUGCUUUGAUGUUGUUUAAGUGAUGAUACUUAGUGCUGGCCCUCAUUAGCACUGCUUGAUAUGAAGAAAAAAAAAGUCCCUUCGCAAAGCCAACAGAUAAUGUGCUGCCAUGUGCAGCUCGUCUUAGUGGCACACUGUUAUUGUGUGCAAGGAAAUUCGGAACAGGCGGAGAGUAAUUUUCAUGUUUAUGAUUAACUCAAGUCACAAGUUUCUCAUGGGCUAAAGAGUGUCAUGACAACACCAUAUAGAUAAUGUGAAGAAUUAAUCUCAAAGAAAACGUGUAUACAUGUAGCUGCAGCAGUUGUCCUCCUAUACUUUGCUGUCAUGUUUGUUUAUUUUUUAUUCUGUGCCUUACACUCAUUUUUAUCUUGACGCGCAAUUUCUCAACUUGGAGUUCACAGCUCAUUACAAUUAGUUUUGUACAUUAUCGUCAAUCUCGAAGAAAACAGUUUAAAAAAAAAUAAAACAUUACUAUAAAAAAAGAGAAAUGAUUAUUGUUUUGUACACAUUUUAAUUUUUUAAAAUAUUUUGUUGAUCAUUUCUGCGUCAUAAUCCAGAUGUUGGAGUAGGAGAAUAUAUCCUUUUGCAUUGUGGGAAGUUAAAACUGAUAUUCUUUACUAUUUCCUGAUAGUUUAUGAAUAAAACUGAUAAAUCGAUGCAGCAGAUUGGCCAAUAAUUAAAUGAAUUAGUAGUUGCAGACCAAUACAUAUUAAAUUCAAUUUAAAAGAAGAAAGUUCUUCCAAUUGUAUUGUGUGUCUAUACUGUGUAUACUUUUAUGUAAUAUUAAUACUGACUCUGGUCCUGUUUGACAUCCCCUCAAAGUGCGCUAUUAUCAUCGUGGCAUCAACUGUUAGCAGACAUUGCAAUCUUGAAUCAUAUCAUACUGCCUGACUUGCAUAUCUGUAAUCAGAGCCUUGUUUAUUUCCAAACUCCAGGUUGUACUUCCAUCGUGUAAUUUUUCUUCUUCCUCCUGUGGAUAGUGCAGCAGUGCAACACAAAGUGUAAGUUUCACGAUGGUCACCUCUGUCACAGCUCUGUGUUGCACCGUCGUCGUCCUCCUCCUCUGGUCCUCUCUCUCUACCAGUGAAGGUGCUCGGCAUUAGCCACGAACAUGGAAACAUGGCCGGCAACACUCGGUGAGGUCAUCAGGGAGCAGGGACCUCCUGCCGGCUGGAACAGUAGUCUGACCUUCAGCCGACACCACCCCCUGUUAACCCCUCAAUUAACCUCCACGUCAGCCCCCCUGCUGGAGGGGCAGAGAGGAAGAGACCCCCCCCCCCUUCCAUUCUAUCUUUAUUUCCUUUUAUCAUUUUCUGCCUGGAUACACCCUGGCCCCGGGAAAUUACCAUCUUAUUUCACUAAUGCGUUGGGGGAAAAUAUCGCUUCCCGGAAAGUCCGUAAUCACAAAGGAGUUGCACUUUUCAAUUCUUUCUUUCACUUUUUAUCCCGUGUUCACAGAGGAGGCGGAAAAUAUUGAAAAAACUCCAGGUGGAGUGUGCAGUGACCUUUUCACAAAGUCGCCCACCUUUCCACCCUUCCAAUCAAUCCCCCUCUGAUCGUUCGCUGUGUGCCGGAUUGUAAUGUCACAAUUAGGACGGCUCCAUUGUUUCUGUUUCCCAUCUGGGGGAGAAAUUCAGCACUUGUCUGAUCCCAAGGUCACUCCUCUUACAAUAUUAAAUAAAUUAGAGUGUGGCGGCGGCCACCUCCACCGACUAGCCGUGUAUUUAUCCAUCCGUCCGUCCAUCCAUCCGUCCGUCCCUUCUUCCCGCUCAAUUGGGUGGGAUACAACUCUUUCACUCAGAAAAUGAAAGUCUCCUGCCCUCGGCCACGAGAACAAAUUACUGCUUUUGCUCUUGCUGUAUGUGAGAAAAAACAGCAGAUGGGUACAUUAAUGAUGUUUUGUUUCCUUCAUUGUCGUAUGGGAGAGAGACCUGAGAGUUGUAUACUGAUAAGAUUACAACCAUGUUAUAAUUGCAUAUAAUAAGACUAAUUAGACAGGACAAGAUGGGGUGGCAGUAAUGUGUGACACUUCUCUUUAUUCACCAUCUGCUUUUUCCAGAUGGAACAUCAAUACUUCUUUUUGUCAAACGGCAGAAAAUGUGACUGCAUGUGUGUGUGUGUGUCCCCUUCCAGUCCUCCAUCUAUCCAUAAGAUCCAUAAUGGCCGUCAUUAAACCGGCUGUUAGCAUUGAGGUGAUUCAUUUUGAUACAUUUAUGAUAUUGUGUUGUGAGUCAUUAAAGAGAUAAUCAUACGGAUACAAUAACUGUCA